UGCCACCUGUCGGGAAUGGCAAACAGGCUUCAUCGCUGAUUACCGAGCCAACCUCUCCCGCUGUUUUUUGUUUUGUUUUGUUUUUUUGUUUUUUUCGCUGGGAGACGCUCACAUUUGUGUGCAGGGUCGCCUGCAUCAGUGUAAUAAAAAAAAAUAAUAAUAAAAAAAACGGAGAACUUUGUGUGUGACCGGGUCUGCGCAAGAGAAAGUGAGCCACACGCACAAACUGGCAGCGCUGAGAUUAAAACCGGAGUCUGUGCGCGCCCGGGAGGCUCCGACCCCUCUCGCUUUGAAGAUUAGAGGGUUGACGACGUCUGAAGGACACUAAGAACAGGAUUAGGUAUUGUGCAGUCUAACCUACUUCUCAUCACUCCCGCAUCUUGUCCUUUGAAUAUUUGCGCAAUGACCUUUGGUGCACUUGGAAUACAGCGGGGGUGCCCGUGAGGUGUUUGUGAAUUCGACCAAAGGGCGAGAUGGAGUGUGAUCACAGUAAAACGAAUAAGGUGGGCAGGCAAUAAGGCUUGACAGAAGAUGCGACGGGGGUGGUGGCUCGUCAGAUGGAUGGGGACAGGAAUGGCAAUCCUCUCUUUGCUAACCCACAGCUGGGGCCAGGACACAGAAGACUGGCAGUAUGAGGAGUGUAAGCUGUCCAGACCAGGCCCCCCUGCAACCAUAGUGACCAUCGAUGAGGAGAGCCCCAAUGGUACAGUUUUGGUGGAAAACAUGCAGAUAAAUGGCCGUGCCCAAGACCCAGGCAGGACCAUCUCACUGACCCUGCUGGACAACUAUGAUUACUGGGUGAUACUGGAACCAACAAGGCAGAGGCUCUACCUCAACAGCACCGGACGAGUUCUGGACAGAGAUCCCCCAAAUUACAUCACCACCAUUGUGGUGCAGGUCCAGUGCACCAAUGAGCUGGUUGGUACUGUCAUUUUGCACGAGGUACGAAUUGUUGUGAGGGACAGGAAUGACAACACCCCUCGCUUUCAGCAGCCACGCUACUAUGUUGCAGUAAACGAGCUCACACCAGUCGGAACGACUAUUUUUACCGGCUUCUCAGGAAAUAAUGGUGCCACGGACAUUGACGACGGGCCCAAUGGACACAUAGAAUACAGCAUCCUUUACAACCCCAAUGAUCCGCAAUCUAACAGAACAGCGAGUGUUGCAAACACCCUUUCGGGACACAUUAUUCUGGCGGAGAGGCUGAACUAUGAGGAGAGAACACGCUAUCUGGUUUUGGUGCAAGCCAAUGACCGCGCUCCGUAUCCCCCAAACAGACGGACUGCUACCACGACUCUAACAGUCGACGUUCUGGAUGGAGACGACCUGGGUCCCAUGUUCCUGCCUUGUGUUUUGGUGAAUAACACCCGCGACUGCAACCCCAUCACCUACCGCGUUGCCAUCCCUGAAUUCACUGAACCGAGGAAACUGAACCCACUCAAUGUGACCCCACCUGUCCGGGCAGUAGACAUGGACAGAAACAUACAGCCCCCAUCAGACAGACCUGGCAUUUUGUACUACAUCCUGGUUGGUCAUCCAGCAACAUAUCCAGAGUACUUCUCCCUGAACAGAACCACUGCAGAGCUGCGAGUUCUGCAGCCUAUCAGCAGGGACUUGUAUCAGAGGUUCACGCUCAUCAUCAAGGCUGAGCAGGACAAUGGUCACCCCCUCCCAGCCUAUGCUGACCUUGUUAUCGAGAUCCUGGACGAGAACAACCAGGCACCGUAUUUCCAGUUUGCAACCUAUCAGGGCUACGUGAGCGAGUCCUCCCCAGUGGGUACGACCAUCUCAGCCAAUGCCAACCUUACUGCCCCGCUGGGAAUCAUCGCACUGGAUAAUGACAUUGAGGAGACGAAAGAUCCCAUGGUAAAGAUUACCCAGGAUGACUACACCACAAUCUUCGCCCUGACCCCAACUGGUUUAAUCCGCUACCUGAGGCUCCUCAAACCUGUGGACCGGGAGGAGAAGAUGACCUAUAUGUUUACGAUGGUGGCAUCGGAUGGCGUCCAGCAGAGCAGCCCUGUAACUGUCAACAUCCUGGUCAUCGAUGCCAAUGACAACACACCCACAUUUGCCGAGGUCUCCUACAGUGUCGAAGUCUUCACAGACAUGCAGCCCGGGGAGACUGUACUACAGUUAACAGCACCAGAUGCUGACGAGGGACUGAAUGGUCUGGUGACCUAUGCGAUACUGGCUGGUGCCCAGGGAGACUUCAUCAUCAGUAAUCGCACUGGACGCAUCACCGUGGCGCCCGGUGUCACUUUAACUGUGGGACGAUCUUACGCACUGACUGUCAGGGCUUCUGACAAUGCCCCAGAGAGCCAAAGAAGGAGCUCCAUCACCACAGUGUACAUUGAGGUUUUGCCGCCCAACAAUCAGAGCCCACCACGCUUCCCUCUCUUCACCUACAGCCUGGAAGUGAGCGAGGCUAUGAGGAUAGGAGCUAUUCUGCUCAAUCUGCAGGCCACAGACAGAGAGAAUGACCCGAUCACAUACCGCAUCGUGAGUGGGGAUUCCCAGCAGAUCUUCAACCUCUCUGAAACGAUUGGCCUCCUCCUGCUUGGAAAGCCUCUGGACAGAGAGACCACCGACCAGUACCGUCUGAUUGUCACAGCGUCUGACGGCAACCCUGGAGGGACAUCCACUACCACUGUGAACAUUGUCGUCACUGAUGUCAACGAUAACGACCCAGAGUUCGACUUCGCCACACCCACUAAUUUCACUGUCCAAGAAGAAAAGGCCAACUUGUUUGUAGGACAAGUCACGGCCACAGAUCCCGAUGCAGGAGUGAACGGCCAGGUCCGCUACCGGAUUGUAAAUCAUCCUGACUUGUUUAUAAUCAGUGCUAAUGGCAGCAUCUAUACAAGAGUGCCUCUUGACCGUGAGCUAAGGAACCAGUAUGACCUGGUGGUAGAGGCAUCAGAUGGGGCAGUGGAUCCACGGCGGACCAUGCUGACCCUCUCAGUACGGGUGACGGAUAUUGAUGACAACAGCCCAGUCUUCUCCCAGGAAACGUACUCGGUGAAUGUACCUGAAAACAGCCCUGUGGGAACUUUGGUCCUAAAACUAAGCGCAGUGGACUCAGAUCUCUUUUCCAAUGUCACGUAUCGGAUCAAGACUGAAUCGGCCAGACAGCUGUUUUCUCUGAACCCUCUCACCGGGGAGUUGGCUAUGCUGCAGACUCUGGACUUUGAGGACCUGGCAGCUAUGGGCAUGGGGGCCUCUUACACUUUCCAGGUGGAAGCCGUCGACCAAGGAGGCAUCAUGCCCCCAGGGCAAGCUACCGUCACAGUCCGCAUCACGGACAUGAAUGACUUCUCCCCUGUGUUUACCCAAGACCUGUAUAAGGGCAUGGUGGCACCCAAUGCAGAGAAAGGAACUGUCAUCACAGCUGUUUUUGCUGAGGACCAAGACCCUCCAGGUACCCCAGCCAGUUUUGUCCGUUACCGAGUGGACCUGGACAGGUCACCGUACAGUGGGAGUAUCUUUGAUGUUGAGGAGGAAACCGGAAGAGUCAUCACUAAGGUCAACCUUAAUGAAGAGCCCAGUGUCACCUUUAAGUUGUAUCUGAUAGCCUAUGAUGAUGGGGAGCCAGUGAAAACUAACAGCACUUUGGUGGAGAUCACUGUCCUCCAGCCUUCGCGUAUACCAAUCUUCACCCAGGAGGAGUACAGGUUUCCUCCAGUUAGUGAGCUGGCUCCAGUUGGUACAUCAGUGGGGACGAUUCUCGCUGCUGCUGUCAAUCAAACCAUCUUCUACUCCAUUGUGGCAGGAAAUGAACGAGGGCAUUUUCAGGUAAACAACAGGACGGGCGUAAUCUCCACAGCUAAACCUCUGGAUUAUGAAAAUGUGACCACCUACGUCCUGCGGGUUCAGGCAGAUUCGAUGGUGGUUGUCAUGUCCAACCUGCGUGUGCCUUCUAAAACUAACACGGCCAAGGUGUACAUCGAUGUUCAGGAUGAGAAUGACCACCCUCCUAUCUUCUCCAGGAUGCUCUACAUAGGUGGCGUGACGGAGGACACCAAGAUCUUCAGCUCUGUGCUCAAGAUAGUGGCAACUGAUAAGGACACUGGGAAUUACAGUAAGAUGGCAUACCGGCUGAUUAUACCACCCACACCAGAGGGCCAGGACAGCUUUGUCAUCGAGACCUACACGGGAAUCAUCAAGUCGGCCAUCAUGUUUCGAAACAUGCGCAGGUCCUACUUCACGUUUCAAGUUAUUGCCACAGACAACUAUGGUAAAGGUCUCAGCAGCAGUGCCGCAGUGGUGGUUUCUGUGGUCAAUGCGUUGGAUAUGCAGGUCGUUGUGUCCACUGUCCCACCCACAUUAGUAGAAGAGAAGAAGGAGGAACUCAUUAAUAUUCUGGAGCGCCACGUCCAAGACCAAAUUCCAGGUGCCAAGGUGAUAGUCGAGUCCAUUGGGCCACGUCGUCAUGGCGAUGGCUAUGAACUAGAGGACUACAGUAAGUCGGACCUGAUGGUGUACGCCAUUGACCCGCUCACGAACAGGGCGAUUUCGCCGAAGGAGCUCUUCAAAUUUCUCGACGGGAAUGUGCUGGAAAUCAACAAGGAGUUUCAGCCACACCUGGGCGAGGGUGGCCGCAUCCUGGAGAUCCGGUCUCCUGAUGUGGUGGCCAGCGUGAAGAAGGCGGCCCAGGCUGUGGGCUACACAGAGGGAGCUCUCCUGGCCCUGGCCAUCAUCAUCAUCCUCUGCUGCAUCCCUGCGAUCCUCAUCGUCAUGGUCACCUACAAACAGUUCAAAGAGCGACAGGCAGAGUGUGCCAAAACCGCCAGGAUUCAGAUGGCUUUACCACCAGGAGGGAAAGCACCUCCAGCGGGUGCCCCCACUGCCAACCUGUACGAAGAGCUGGGCGACAGCAGCAUCAGGCGAGGAGGCUACGGCAGACAGCAACAGCAACUGCUGAGGCCAUCUCUGCUGAGACCAGAGGAACUCUCCAUGGAGUCAGGAAUCGACCCGGGCCAGGACUACUACGCACAAGACUACUAUAAUUACGACCAAGGGUAUGACAUUCCUCAGUACGGCAGUCGGAGGAGGCUGAUAACUCCCAUGUAUGAUGAAUAUGGAGAGGUGAUAAUGGAGGAUGAUGGGUAUUACUAUAGUCCUCAUGGCCCUGAGGGCGGAGGCAGAGGCCGGGGCCGUGGUGGUGCACGUGGUAGAGGUCCACCCAAGAGGGUUGCAUUUAGGGACAUGCCACAGGAGGAUGAAAUCGAACCAGCUGAGCCAGCAGACGAGGGCGAACCUUCUAAGGCUGCCAAGAAGCUGAAGUCUGUCAUGAAACUCAGCAAACUCCUAGCGGCCAGCAAGGGAGCAGACCAGCCAUCUGAUGCUGGUACUGCUGGCCCAUCUCCAUGGAAGAAAGCCAAGAUGUUCAAGAUGUUUGGUGCCGGGAAGAAGGACAAGGAUUACGCCAAACUGAUGUCAGCCCGACGCAUUGAUAGCCAGGAGAGUUUGACUGACGGACCUGCGCUCACAGGACCAAUUGACAGCAAGUCUGUCGCCCGCAGCCGGCUUGGUAAAGUUCUGAAGAAAAUCAACUUGGGCAACAAGUUGCAGCUCCGCCGAAAGUCUCAGAGUAGUGUGAGUCGUGGCUCAGUUACAGGCAGCGAGAGAGAUGAGGAGGUGUCACAAGCAACUAGUGACGAUGAAAAGAAGUCCAAAGUCUCCAUUAGUGUCACAGAAAGUGAGCCAGAAGCAGGUGCAAGUGGAAGCAGUAAGGAGAGAGGCUCUGAUGAGGAAUCUUCGGAGAAGAGCAGUGUUGAUAGAGAUUAUCUGAAAGUAGAUUUGGACCGGGAUGAUGCCCAAGAAAGCACUGUGGACUCAGAGGAAGAGCCAGAUGAAGAGCCGGGAGAUUCUGACGAAGAGUCUAAAUCUGGAGAGAAGGAAUCUGUCAGUGAGAAAGAGUCAGACUCAGAGAAGGAGUCAGAGUCAGAGAAAGAGUCAGAGUCAGAUAGGUCAUCCGCUACAGAGAAAGAGUCAGAAACAGAGAAAGAGUCAGAAACAGAUAAAGAGUCUCAGUCAGACAAAGAAACAGAAUCAGGAACAGGAACAGGCAAAGAAACAAGCACAGAAAAGAGUUCAGGAACAGAGAAGGACUCUGAUGAAGAGUCUGAGGAAGAAGCUUCGGGGAGCACCAGAGAAAGUGGGUCUUCUGCUCGCUCUUCCAUGAGAUCAUCAGCUACUGAGGCCAGCAAGGGGAGCGGUGAUUCUAGUGCGAGUGGUAGUGGCAGUGGGAGUGGCAGUGGGAGUGGCAGUGGGAGUGGCAGUGGGACCAUGAGUGGUGAAAGUGCAACUGAGAGUGGCAGCGGUGGCGCCAGCAGUGCUGCAUCUUUAUCAGGCUCAAGCAUUAGAUCGUCACAGAGAACCAGAUCAUCAGGAAGUGCAGUAACCUCUGAGAAGUCCAGUGAAGAACUCAGUGAGGCCGAGUCAGGGACAGGGACAGCCAGUGAGUCAGAGUCCGGGUCAGGAAGUGAAGGCUCUCUGUCUGGCACUUCCAGCCAGAGGAAAAUGUCAGGGUCGGCCUCUGCUGGAGGGUCUUCAUCUCGCAGUCAGAUGACAGAACAGAGCUCCCUUGGCAGUGAGGACAGUUCAGCCAGAGCGAGCAGGCGUUCCCGAGAAUCCACUGUGAGUCGCGCAUCCGAGGAUACGAUCACAGAGGAAAGUGAAGAAGAGGAUGAGGAAGAAUCUGAGACUACUGACGAGAAAAUUGAGUCAUCCAGCGAGAUGAGUGAUGACGCAUCAGCUAAGAGUGUGGCAUCUGGAGACCCUGGGCCCUCUUCCUCGUCCCCCUCCACUGGUACUCCAUACCGCGCCGAGAUCAGAAGUGACACCUCUGUAGAGACAUACGGGGGACUGUCGCCUAUCACUGAGGUGGACGAGGACGCCAUCUCAUCUGACAAGUCUUCAUCCAGCUCUUCGAAGGACUCAGGAGACACAGAAGCGACAUCAGAUGCUGAUUCAGAGUCUGAAGGAAACUCAACUCCACUCUAGAGAGAUAUAUUGUCCACUGUGAACCUGGCAAAAUGAAGCGGAUUAAGCUGGUGGUGGAUCGGGAGAAUGAGAGCAGCUCAACAGGAGAGGAAUGCACCACAGAGACCCAGCAGCGCAACAGAUUACCCAACAACCACAGCAACAUCAACGGGAACAUCUACC